GAGACCUUUGAGAUUUAUUAGUAAAUUGAAUAUACGUUCCAAACCAUAUAGACCUUGUUACAGGGUUCCACCACAGCUGAAAUAGACCUGAAUUAUAUCUCGCAGCCUUGUGUCCUCGUACCUAGAUAAGCGGAGGUUACCUCUGCGUUCAGUAGGAAUAUGAUAAUGUGAAGUUCCUAGGUGGACUACUAUUGGCCUAGGCUUGCCAUCGUAGUCUCACGUUUGAUCCAAUAGAAGAUUUCCUCAACUUUCAACAGACCAAUAACUUGCUACUUGUAAGUUGUCACUUUAUACUUAAAGGAGCAUAUAUGGAUAGCUUUCUCUAAGAAAUACGCGCGAUAGUAUUAGACUCGUCUUACAAGGCUGAGAUAAAUGGAUAACGUCCAUAUGGUUCCAGUAUACUCGGUAUAUCUUAUCGAUAUGAUAACGAUAUGCUAUUACACAUAUACGAUUCUGUCGCUUUUCACUGCUUCAAUAUUCGCGACCACACAUACAUAAUCGCCAUGGCUGACAGCGGCUUACUUUUAAAUUUCGAUCUUGGUGAUGCGCCACUAAAGAAGCAGGUUAAAUUCACAGGUGGUCGAUGGAGAGAUCGUGUCCAUGCUCAGCGAAGCGCCAGGAAGAAUCGCGAUGGGUCUUUAGAUGGACCUGCGAGCUCAGUCAAUUCCACCCCGCUGUCCAACGACCGACGAGAUUUUCGACAAUUUCACGAUCAAAACGAAAGGCCAGCGAAGCGCCAGAAGACAUCCGAUCCCCAAAACGGACAAUUAGAUAAUACAUCUAAUACGGGUGCUAGGUUCGGCGGCACAUCCAACAAACCUGGCGGCAUCACGUCCAGGUUAUUCACAUCUAACCCAACACCCACAACAGUCUUCGAUGAUCCAGUUGAUGAUGUCGAACCUACAAAGCCAUCCAAUGCCCCAUUAUCUGAUGAAGCCGAAAACUUCCGCGCUCUUGGCUUGUCGCCGCGCAUUGCCCAACACCUGUCGUCAAAGCUGGAGAUGAAGGCCCCGACUUCAAUACAAAAGAAUAGCAUCCCGCCGCUAAUAAAGGACGAUAGCGAUGCUUUCUUACAGGCCGAGACAGGUUCAGGAAAGACUUUGGCUUAUCUACUUCCUAUCGUACAGCGAAUCAUGAAUCUAAGUCACCAUGACGACGGCUCUACCACCGGAACCCGUAUGCAUCGCGAUUCAGGCCUAUUUGCUCUUGUCUUAGCACCGACGAGGGAGCUGUGCAAGCAAAUCGCUACCGUUUUAGAGAAACUUCUACGUUGCGCUCCCUGGAUCGUAAGCACUACCGUGAUAGGUGGAGAGAGUAAGAAAUCCGAAAAGGCUCGCUUGAGGAAGGGUGUCAACAUAUUGAUCGCUACUCCUGGUCGUCUCGUUGAUCAUCUGGAUAAUACUAAGGUGCUCGACGUCGGCACUGUAAGAUGGCUUGUUCUCGAUGAAGGCGACAGGCUAAUGGAGAUGGGAUUCGAAGAAGAGUUGAAGAGCAUUGUGGGAAAAAUUCGAAGAGAAGAAUUAAAAGAGUCCAAUAAAGAGGGUGUGUCCCUCGCCGCCCUGCCGCAACGUCGUGUCACCGUUCUCUGUUCGGCGACGAUGAAGAUGAAUGUGCAAAGGCUGGGCGAGAUUAGUUUGCAAGACGCUAUCCACGUCACAUCCUCUAAGUCUGAGGACGAGGGCGAUACCGUGGCCGCGGCCAACGACGCUACCUUCAGUGCGCCAUCUCAACUUAAGCAAUCAUAUGCCGUUGUUCCAGCUAAACUGCGAUUGGUAACACUGAUAUCACUACUCAAAUCAACAUUUGCCCGCAAAGGGUCCGUCAUGAAAGCCAUUGUUUUCAUAUCUUGCGCCGACUCGGUCGAUUUCCAUUUCGAUUUACUCCGUUCUGCAUCAUCCCAACUCUCACCCGACGAAUCACCCCUGACAAAGGAUACUGUUGCCGAUGCUGCCUAUAUCACAUCGCCAGCAAACCCUGAUAUAACUCUUCUAAAGCUUCAUGGCUCCCUCCAGCAGCCUGUUCGCACGUCCACGCUUGCCGCCUUCCACACCUCGCAGAAUCCUUGUGUUCUCAUUACCACCGAUAUCGCAUCGCGUGGUCUCGAUGUGCCCGCUGUGGAUCUUGUCAUCGAGUACGAUCCAGCCUUCAGCGUCGAAGACCAUGUCCAUCGCAUCGGUCGAACCGCGCGAGCGGGCCGACCCGGCAAAGCGACACUCUUCCUCCAACCAGGCUGCGAGGAAGGCUACGUUGAACUUCUCAAAUCCGCCUCAGCUCUCAUACCCCAGUCUUACGAAUCGACUCUCCAAAAGGGCUUCGUAACACCCAUAUCCCUACCCAAACAAGACCAAACCUCCGAGCCCCAGACUCUAGUAUCAGACCGCCAAACUCCUAACUCCCGCGCGGAAGCCCUCCAACUACACUUCGAACAACGCCUCCUAGCCUCCGCAAAAGAAGGUAGUAACUCGAAGCUCUUGGAUGCGGCGCGCCAGGCCUUCCGCUCGCAUAUCCGUGCGUACGCGACACACGUGCGCGACGAGCGCGGAUACUUCGACAUCACGCAGUUGCACCUGGGCCACACGGCCAAGAGCUUUGGUUUACGCGAGGCGCCGGGAGGGAUUGGAGGCGGGCCGUCGAGGCGCACGUUUAAGCCGAGUCAGCAGAAGAAGACUGGUGCUGGUGGGCAGAAGAGGGGCAAUGAUGGUGAUGGGGAGGAUGGUGUGGGUGCGGCGGACGAGGAUGCGGCGAGGAGGAUGAGGAUGAAGAUGAAGCAGGUUAUGAGUGCGGCCGGGGAGUUUAAUAUUGGGUGAGGUGGCUUUUUGGAGGGGGGUUAUGGUAGUAGGGGUAGGUUAUGUUAUGGGGAAGAGAGGUCGGUUGCAUUGUUAACAUGAAGUUUAUCGCGACGGUAUAGAUAAAAAAGAGUUACGAGCGCAUGAGUGUCUGCGGUAAUUAUUAUUCAUUCUGGGAAUGCUUUAUACGGACGUUUGAGGAGUAUCGUCGUUGUAGUUGAUAUAAUACGGAUUGACUAGUUCGUAUAAAAAGCUACUACGAUUUUUAUAUAUUGCGAUUGAUAUUUUCUGUAGUUGAGCUAAUACGUGACGAUGAAAUCAGUUAUGCAAUAAGAAAA